GAUUUACCAUAAAUUAUAGUUUUGUUUUCCAGGGUAUGGCCAUUGCUGUCCUAGGGCCUACGUUUCAAGACCUGGCUACAAAUGUGAACAGAAACGUUAGUCAAAUAUCCUACAUCUUUGUGGGCCGAGCAGCGGGCUAUUUUGGUGGUUCUCUGAUUGGUGGGAUACUCUUUGACUGUAUGAAUGCUCACCUUCUCUUGGGAUUGUCAAUGUUGGGUACAGCGAUAGGUCUGUAUGCCAUCCCGUGGUGUAAGAAAGCACUUUUGUUGACAGCAAUGAUGUGGGUCAUUGGCUCUGCAAUGGGAGUCCUAGAUACAGGUGGCAAUGUUCUUGCCUUGGCUACAUGGAAGGAAGAAGUUGGUCCUCAUAUGCAAGCCUUACACUUCAGUUUUGCCCUGGGCGCCUUUGUAGCGCCCAUCCUGGCCAAGAUGGCUCUGAGCAGCUCUACUACUGAUUCCGAGGUCCAUCUAAACAGCAGUGCUGACAAUGAGACUUCUUCGAAUCCAAAUUCUGCUGAUCUUUUGGGGCUGAAGCUGCAUUUAAACAUGAACUUUAUGUGGUCUUAUGUUGUUAUAGGCUCUUAUCUCUUGCUUGUUGCAUUGACUUUCUUUAUCUUAUACUUGAAGAAAAGUCUUGUUCGAGAGAGAACAAAGCUUUCUGUGCAGAAAUACCAGACUGUCAAAUAUCAUUAUGCCCUCAUAAUUCUGCUUUCCAUAUUUUUUUUCUUCUAUGUUGGAGCGGAAGUAACUUAUGGUUCCUAUAUUUUUACAUAUGCAAAAACCUUCCUCGGUAUGAAAGAGAGUGAAGCAGCUGGUUUGAACUCUCUCUUUUGGGGAAGUUUUGCAGCUUGCAGGGGACUGGCCAUCUGUUGUGCCACAUGCUCCUACCCUGGAACUAUUAUUUUGCUGAGUAUCAUAGGCACUACUGUAUCCUCUUUGUUCCUAGCACUGUUCAAUACACACCCGUUCUCCCUGUGGGUUGGCUCUGCAGUGUAUGGCGCUUCAAUGGCUACUAUCUUCCCCAGCGGCAUUUCCUGGCUUGAACAAUAUACCACCAUCGAAGGGAAAUCUGCAUCCAUGUUUGUUGUUGGUGCAGCUUUGGGGGAAAUGUGCAUUCCGGCAGUGGUUGGAUCCCUUCAAGGACACUUUUCCUCUUUCCCUAUUCUUAUGUAUACUUCUGUGGGAGCAGCGGUCAUGACAGCCAUCCUGUUUCCUGUGAUGUAUAAAUUAGCCACAUCACACUUUGAUGCUAAGCCAAAUGAUCCUGGAGACAGCGAAGUCCAGGAAGCCUUGUUGUCCAGCUCUCCUCUUGAUGAAGAUGAAGACGGCAGAGAAUGGAAUGACGUAGACUUUGAAGUAAUUGAGAUGAAUGACACUCUGAGGAACUCUGUCGUAGAAACGUCUAAAAAGAUCCAAGGGGAAUCUUCAGCUGCCAACUCUGGCCAUCCUUCUUUAGGAGACACAACAUUUAAUUCUUCUCCGGUGCUUGCUGUCAGCACCCCAACACUAAAAAAUUCAAGUACAGACCAGGAUAAAAAUGAUUAA